UCCGCCAUUGUUUAUUCAGGCUGCUGUCUCUUUAAGAGAACAGGUGUGUCCUCAGCAGGUAAUAGUGGAGAAACAGGAAGUAGAGUUAUCAGGAUCGAAAACAAAGCGACACGGAACUUUAAUUUGGCAAAAACAUGACCAUGACGGCCGAGGGAAAAUACUUUGACCGGCCUGACUGAAGACAUGAGACAACCUUUACUUCUUCUCAGGCUGUCGCUGGCAGUCCUCCUCUCUGCCAAAGUGCUGGCUCAGCAGCCGGUAGAGAUCCAGUUCCAGACUGACCCGGUUCUGGUUCAAACUGGUUCUGAGAUCGUGUUCACGGUGCUGACGGUGUCCCAGGUUUUCUCCAUGAAAUGGCAGUUCCAGGGAGGAGUGACUGUUGGUCAGUGGAGCUCAGGAGCCUCAGCGAUUAACCCGGGAACCCAGUUCGUGGGUCGGGUCACCAUCUCUGCAAACCAGCUCCGAAUCGCAGGCGCACAGCUCCGAGAUGCGGGGGAUUACACGGUGGAGGUGACCCCCUCUGGUACCACAGACCUUAUUGCUAACUCCAAACCGGUAAAGCUGAGAGUCUUUGAUGCAGUGGCGGGGGUGAAUCUGAUUGUUCCCGCAGUUGCGAUGGAGGGGAGGAAUGUGUCUCUGCGGUGCACAUGGACUGCUGGGACAGAUAUUGCAGUCCAGUGGGGCAAAGGAGGUGCAGCCAUCGUCACCGACGCCAGGAUCACCAUCUCAGGCGGCUUUCUAGUCAUCAACCCAGCCAGACGAAGUGAUGCCGGGGUUUACUCAUGCACCGUCAGCAACCCUGUCAGCGCCCAAACCACCACACAGAGCAUCACUGUCUACUAUGGCCCUGACACCCCCGUGCUGACCAAGGAGAGCGCUAAAGAGUGUGUUGGGGGAGGGGAUGUGUUGGUGGGACAGGAGGUGCGUCUCACCUGCUUGUCUGACUCGCUGCCCCCUGCCCUUUUCUCAUGGCAACGUGACGGACAGACGGUCGCCACCGGACAGCCGGACAGCGGGUUGCUCAACCUUCAGACUUUCUCAACAGAUGAGAGCGGCCGGUACGUGUGCACGGCCAGAAACAGCGUCACCGGGGGCUCGUCGGAGCAGGGGACAGACCUGGCUAUCGUAGCCACGUGUCUAGACGUCGGGGAAGUGGUGGGGACUGUGAUUGGCUCUUUGCUUCUGCUGCUAAUCCUCAUCGCGCUCCUCAUUGUGCUUAUUGUGUUUCUCGUGCGACGGAGGAGGGCACAGAGACCAAGAGAUUCUGCUGUGCCUGUGCAGAGGGACAACCCAAAUCCCAGGCUGAUACCUCCAGAUCCACAACCUAAUGGUGCAAGGGAUUUGGGCCAAGGUCCCCAACCCCCCCUCUAUCACACACGCCACCCUGAGCGCGUACACGCACCCCCUCUUGAAAUAAGCAACCCACAGACAGUGCAGCCGAACGGGCAGCAUAACUCUGACACACACCAACAGAAUGGACGUACCCACGCAAAUGGACUCCUACAAAAUGCAUCUAAUAAUGCCGAUUCAUACCCUCACAAUGGCAUUGAAAACAGGGCUUUUACGCACACUGAUGCUCAAAAUGCAAACACACUCCCGAACACACAACAGCAAAAUCCUAACAUUCUCAUACAGACUGGCGGUGCCCAGGGCGGCAACCAGCAGCCGGGGGUCCACCUCAGCCUCAACACACUGCCGCAGAGUGCCCAGCAAAACAACAAUGCACAAAUGCCUACCAUACAUGUCAAUCUUAACUCAUACCCAGCCAACAGCCAUCAGCCUCAGCAGGACAGCUCAUUUCCUCUUACCAAUACUGCCAAUAAUAACACUUUGCAAACCCAUCAGAACGUAACACACACAGAGCAAUCAAACCCCAGAAUGCAAAGUGGGCAGCCCUAUCCUAAUGACCCCCGGCUGAAUGGUCACAUAGAAGCAGAUCAACAAGAUCAGCCUAGACUUGUCCCGACUGGAUCCACACAUUAUAACAGUAACAACACUCUCCAGCAAAACGCCGACACACAGACGUACCAGCGGGAGCCAGAUUCCCCUCGCAGGUCUGAAAUAAACUCUUGGGAUCUCCUCAGAGGGACCCCAGCGUAUAAAAGUGUAUUACCCCCAGGGACCCCAGCGUAUCCCAGCGCCAGGCAUCAAAGAGGACAGACAUUUCCUGAGUACACCUCUGACACAGACUACACCUACCAUCCUCCCAUACCAGAGGCAAGAGCACCUAGCAGAUCUCAGCCUCGACUCCAGAGCCAAAACACUUCACGGAGCAGAGCUUCACCAAGACGAGAAGCCCCAUCAGAGGACCGACGGACACGGAGCCGUUCUGCUGAUCAUCGAGGCCCAAACACUCGCAGCGUAACACAGCUUGAGGCUGAACACAACACACAGAGAGUCAGACACACACAAAGGCAGAGCGCUCAGCGAGACAUCAGAGAAACGCCUGGUAGCCAGAAUGCCCCCAGGCAGGAAGCCACACACAGGAAUAACCCCCAGGCUCUGCCUCUCAUGAGCCAGCAGGCCUCUGUGGGCCGCUCUGCUCUGUCACAAGGUCCCACGACACAACAGGGACUGGCUGCACCUCGGGGUGCAGAUACAAGAGCGUUGGCUGAUCCUAAUCACCUUCCACAGGCACAGAGAGCAGCACAGAUCCAAACUUCAACACAAGGCCUGGGCAAACAGACACAGCCUGUCAUAAACGGUGCCAAUCAUCCCCGCCAAGGAGGCACUGCUCCACUCCCAAACUCUUCUGCCCAUCAUAAUCCCAGCAACCUAACCCAGGCUGCUCUCACAGCCCACACUGAGAGGGCUCAAACAUUUCAGAAUAGGAAACAUCAGACAAUGGCUGCUCUGCUUCGCCCCGGAACACAGACACAGGUUCCUGCUGACGGGGCUAAGCAGCCACCAGCGCCUCCUCCUGUGAUGCCCCUCACACAGUUCCAGACCCUCCCUAAGAAGCACACCCCGCACAGAUCCCCAGUCAGAGGGCCUCAGCCCCCUAGACCUCCUGUCAACAUGCCGAUCGCUCAACGACACCAACAAGUACAACAUCGGCCCACCAACCAUCAUCCCCAACAUGGACACAUGCAUGUCGAUCCUCACCGGCAUGCCAAUGGCCGCGGGCAUCCUGCACACUUCACCCAUCCCGAGCAGCAUCAGACUCACAGGGGGAGACCAGGAUGAUGACAGAUGUCAGCAGAAUAUUCUCUACUACUGUCCCGCAUCCACUGGCAAACAAACAGCUGACACACUUGAUCCAACGUACCACCGAGCAAGACUGACUGCACAAGGUUCUCCUCUCAAAAAGGCUGACACACCCGGGUGUCUCUGUCGCUUAGUUUUUUAUAAAGAAAAUAAAAAUGUCUCCCAUGGGGAUUACAAAGUGUAGUUUUUUGGAUUAGAGUACUGCUUUUCUAGAAAUGAAUGUCAAAUUACCAAAAGAAGGAUGCUCGAUUUGCACUUAUUAAAAGAAUGUAUUGAAUAAGCUACGUGAUACUGAAUGUAUUUUUAACCUAAAAUCCUUCCCCAUCAACAACACUGCUCUACACACAGACGUCAUGUAGUCCCACGUGAAUUGUAUUAUUUUGCCUUGUGAAGCAGUGGUCAUGCAUCAAACUUUGCUGCUGAGCCUCCUCCGAGCAGACAGGCUCAGUGAUCCAUAGCUCUUGACCAAGCUCACACCCCCUCAUCCAUUCAUCAUCGAAAGAUCUAAACAACACCACCUUGACAAAUGCACUUGAGGUGCUUGCAUGAAUAUAUCUGUCUCUAUUCUGAGAAAAUAAUUCACCCCUGGGACGGGUGACAAUUAUGAAAGAAGAAAUUAGCCGUAGGGGCGGCCUUAACGUAAAUGGAACUAUUUAUUUUCCGCCUUCUGUUUACGGAUGCUUCUUAUUACACUUCUCAAUUAAGGGAUUCGCCUCGGUGGCGCUCAGGCGUAAUGCUCAGCUAACUAUGAAGGGGAUCCCACAAAUGGAUGUGCGCUUAUCAAUUAAAUGCUUUUUAUGUGACUUAAAUUAUUUGGAAAGUAAUCACACCCCGGCCAUGAACAAGGUCAGCACAAAGACUGGAUCUGCCACGCUUUCUGCUGAAGAAGCAACAAUGAACUGUCUGCACUGGGUCAGGGACAGCACAUUAAAAACAAUGGGAUCUCAUUAUUUUUACAGAUGAUGUGUUUAUUGAUUUAUAAUGUUGGUGCUUUAUUUAAACUCGGGUUCGCUUGUAAAAUGUAUUAUUUGGGUUGCAGCAAUUGAUAACAAUGCUAUUAUUUCUGUAUGCUAAUUUCAUACGGAAUUUCAAGGAUGAGGCUGCAAUGAUUAUGUUUAUUAUUGUCAACAAAUCCAUGAAUUGAUCCUACUUACAAGUGAUUGGUCUCUGUGCUUUCGAGCUCCAUUGUUUUCUCAUAAAUACACAUCAAUGAGACACACUACGUGACAUGGUCCAGCAUUACCAUAAACAUGGCCACUGUACUUUAUUGGAGUCAAUAACAUUAACACUGCUGCUGUACAUUCUCUCACUUAAACACAGCAACACAAACAUAAAGUCAAUAUGAAGUCAUAGCCUCACACUAUCCUGCAUACGGCUUCCGUUUGCUGUAAAUGAACACAAAAGCAUGAAAUGUGUAUUAAUCCCCAGCUGAAGAUAUCCCCAUAUAUGCACCAAUUACUGCACCAUGAGUAGCAUUUGAUCGUAUCUUCAGUGUCCAGAUGUUGCAGGAAAUACUUUUUUUGUAAAGAAGGUCAUAUUUGCAACCUGUUUGUGAACAUUUAUGUCCUCAAGAGCAACAAAUGUGAUGAGAACGUUGAAGAGGGAAAGGAAGUAACACUUGAGAGAGAAAAUAAUCCACAGUUGUUUUCCAUCUUUACGUGGGAUUUGUUGAAUUACGAAAGAUUCAUCCUCACAUCGAAAUACAUUAACUUACACGGCACAUCUGGCAACUACAGCCAAACAUCUGGAGCAUGAGAUUGACUUUACUGCCUUGAAUUAUGAUGCUGUUUUAGGCAAAUGAAUGCUUGUGUAUAGUUUAUACAGAUGUUACAUAUGUAUGUGAGAUGCUGAAAGCACAGUUUUCUUUUUAUCUUUAUCUCCUCAGGAAGGAUUUGUAUAUUGUUUGGGCUUCAGGAAUCCAUUAUGUUCUCAAUAAUAUACAUAUGUUUUACAUAACCUGUGUGAAGUCUUCUGUUGAAAAUAACUACAAUAACUGUCAUAGUCUGCACAUUGCCCGUUCUAUUUCCAUCACAGCUGAAGUCGUCUGAAUUAUUCAAAGCACCGAGCACAAUCACCUUAUUUAGCCUCUCCUUUCGAUAUAAAUGCACUCUACCAAACAUAAGGAUCUUUUGAUUUUCAGUACAAAACACCUCAUGCAUGUGACAGUAAGUCAGACCCCACAAACAUCUAUUUAUUCCUCUGAAGCACAGCGCCGUGUGCAGCCCGAGCAUAUUUCUGCUCACUGUGUCUAUAGUGCUAAUUAUGCAUGGCGCCUGUGUACACCGCACGCUGCUGUGGAUUUUCCUCAGAUGAAUCUGUUCCUUCGGCUUGUUGUUGAGGAGGUGCAGAGCGUGUUUGGAUCACAGCUUUAUCAGUCUCCCAAUCCUCUGCUCCCACUUGUACGUCACCUCUGAUGAACAGACCUGCUGCUCACUAUUGGAGACACUUCACGGUAGUCUAGCUCUGUAACGAGUGGAGAUGGAGUGCAUUUGAGUGCUACUAGAAAAUGUUGCGCCAUUGCCUACCUGUUCCAGAUAAAAGCUGUGAUUUAUGAAAAGUUUGAAGCAGUUUUACAACUAGUGUUUCGUAUACGGUUGGAUGUAGAGUGAAGUGUGUUGUUUAUAGCCUAAACAACUAAAAGUACAAGACCCUCUGUUGUCUUGAAGCACAAAACAUAGUAAACCUCAAUUGCUGAUGUGGCCUCCUUCCCUGGGCCAAUUUGCAUGUAAAUCUGCUGGUGUUGUUUUAUUAAACUGAUUUGCUGUGAUUUAUUGUGACUGCCGCAAGUAAUUGUUUACGCAUCCCUUUAGAGGCAUAAAUUAAAGGAAAACAUAACUCAAGUGCGGUGUGUGCAAAUAGGGAAUUUUUUUGUAUUGAUGAAUGCUCGUUUUGGUGCGUGUCAAACUGCAGCAGAGAGCUUUCCCGCCUCAAGUGCUCAGAGAGCCAGAGUUGAUUUCACUCAGGAGACUGCAGUGGAUUUGCACAGGAAAACUUAACACUUCAAAAUGGCCUAUAUAUUUCUAAUCCAAUUUUAAUUUAGAUUCAGCUCAGCGGGCACACAUCAUUUUGUAGAUUUGAAGGCAUUUUAUAGUUUGAAAUAGCAUUGGAGGUACCAUAAGGCCCAGACAGAAUGUAUUCCAAUUACCUAACAGCUCCAAGUGAAUAAAAAUUCAUGAUUCCGCAUUUCUUUCGUUCACUGCAGUAACGGCGAUUAUCUUUCAGCACCCGGGAAACUAAAAGGUCAGGCCUGAUAGUACUCGUGAGUCGUCAUCAUCAUCAUCAUUGAAAUGAACUAGUAAGUCCUUUGAGAUCAAUGUGUCCAUCCCUGUCAAAGUGUCCUUGAGCAAGACACUGUAACAGCCUCUGAGCACUGACCCCCUUUAGUGAAAUGCCACAUGAAUAUGAGUCUCAGAGGAAUAUGAAAUGAAACAAAUGUAUGAUUAAACUUUACACAGAUGAAGAAAAAAAAAAACACAAUGUGACACCAUGACCCUGAAUUUAUAGCUUCAGUCUGUGCCUCAGCAAUCUAUCCAACAUGCCCUUGAGCAGGACAGUGAAUCCCCAGCAGUUCGCUGACUAUAAAUCACUCUAGGUGGGAGUUUAUAAAAUGCCUAAACUGCUCUUUGGCAUCAAGGGACUCCAUGCCUCGCCAUCCCACAAGGGGGCGCCAUGUGAGAGGAUUAUUGAAGUUAUCUACUGAUCACUUUCAACCAUGUUUUCCCCAUAGACUGUAUAUAUAAAGGUUUUUCCUCAAGGCCUUCGCCAUCUGUGCAACUUUGAUGGUGAGUGCUGAAAUUAAAAACGAGCGGCAGGCAAAGUCAUUCUUGUCUUUGGUCCAGCACACAAAAAAAGCAAGCCAAAAAAAAUAAAAAUAAAGCUGUGUGCAGCAACAAGGAAAUUCUCACAUGUCAUUAGCUUGUUUUUAGAUGCUCAAAGUUGAACCG